AUGUUAAAUAUAAUCUCUUGGAAUGUUAAGACUGCUAAAUCUCUUAAGCGCAGAAGUCGAAUUAAAACUUGGGUUUCCUUAAACAAGCCUGAUAUUUUGAUUCUUCAAGAGACGCUUUUGCCUUGUUGCACAGAUUCAAUUGUGAAACAGAUUUGGGGUUCUGAUUCAAUGGAAUGGAGAGCUCUUGACUCCAUGGGAAGAUCUGGAGGUAUUCUUAUUAUUUGGAAUCCUAACAAGGUUUCAAUAGUGGAUUUUAUUAUAGGGACUUUUUCAAUCAACAUUCACUUUGUGAAUAAUUCUGAUAAUUUCCACUGGUUACUCUCGGGAGUUUAUGGUCCUCGCGACACAAAUGAGAGAAAAAGACUUUGGAAAGAACUAACAAUUAUGAAGGCAAUAUGGUGUCUUCCUUGGGUUGUGGCUGGCGACUUCAACACGGUUCUUUUUAUGGCAGAAAGAAAAGGAUGCACUAGAAGGGACCGUGGUAUGAAAGAUUUUGGGAAAUUCUGUGAUCACCAUGAGUUGAUCGAUAUACCUAUUGCAGGUGCGAAAUACACUUGGACCAGUAGUUCCACAUCGUCAAAUCCCCACCUCAGCAAACUUGACAGGUUUCUCGUUUUGUCAGACUGGGAAGAUCACUUCUUAACCAUCAAUGUUACUGCUCUAGCAAGACCUUUCUCGGACCAUAAACCAAUUAUUUUAUCUUGCUCUUAUGAAGAUUGGGGUCACCUCCAUUCCGCUGUGAAGCUAUGUGGUUCUUGGAACCUACUCUCCUGCCUCUCUUGA